UCGAUGGCAAUUUAUCGACCUCAUAACUUGAAGUAUUUGUUAAGCAAAAGGCAAAGAUUAUGACCAUAUACGCAGGCAGCUCCCUUUGACCAGAGUCGAAGUCCGAACGGCGACUUUUCGUUUAUUGCAACCUUCCAGGUCUCAGGAAAUAACAAUGGAAAAGGAAUCUCUCCUGGCUAUGACCAAGCUGCUCAGGUCCGGUUGAGACCUCAACUUGCAGAUUUGAGCGCAUGCUUGAAAACAUUGUGAGACAGUGGCAUGGAUAGACUACUAGAGAAAAAGCCACACGCAAUGAAGGCAUCCAAAUCUGGUCCCCAUUGGCGGCCGCAGCACGCUCAGAAACAAAGGCUGUCAUCAUUGCCACCCAAGCCCACAAUUGAACGAAAAUACGACCCAGAUUCAGGACAGGUUUACUCAGAGACCGAAGUUCGUUUCACUAGAAAGCCGUAUUCCGACUGGAUUGGCGAGCCAAGGACUCCGGCAUUGACGAAAAAGUCACGUCCGCACGCCUAUGGAGCCCGUUCACUGGCGGACAUGGCAAAGAUCAAGGUUGCGACGCAAUUUCAAGGUCUGGGUCCAGAUCACUUUGGCAGUGUGCCGUGGUCGAUGGCCGAAAGGAUUUGGAAACAAUUGCUGUCCAUGAGGGGCGAAAGCUUCCACGCUUGGAGGACUCUGGCUGCUUCAUACCCUGGCGAGGGCGAGUUUGGACAGCCCGAAUACAGAUACUUGCUAGACAUCAAGCAAUUGUCGCUGCCGUUGUCUGACUACCUCACGGGCAUCACAUCACCCCAGGUGAACUGGUUAACAUGUAUCCGCGUGUCACCGAAGCGAUUGAGUAUUGCUGACUUGGUUUCCAUCCACACCGUUGUCAAUCUGGCCGUCCUUGACCUUUCGGACGGACAAGUCACCAUCGACAACAACGUGUCCAAGUUCGACGAACGGGUUAUGAGGUCGUGGGCGGAGCUCGCAGCGUCCGGACAGGCCUUCCAACACCUACGUGUCAUCCUGCUCGGGUGGCAGGAACAUGUGUCGGACUGGCUCUUCAAAUACACCGACUCGUUCCCGUCGUUGUGUCAUGUCAUCGUGACGGACUGUCCGCAGCUACAUCAGCGCAAUCGAGCGGACUGGGAGGGCGUUUCGCAAGCGGUUGGCUGGGAAGCACGACACGCAAAGAGAAGUGCCAAAAGCCUACGUCCAAUUAUUGGGAAUCAUGAUUUCUACUACGGUUCUGUGUCUGGCUGCUAUUAUGAUAGCUUGGAGCUGUUUGCCAACCUCGCGCACCCUCGACGACCGAAUCUGCUGGAGAGAUUGCCAGUGUUGGAGGUAUGGCUGGGCUCGCCGCGUCAGUGGUCACAUAUUGUCGACGAUUUUCCUUCGACACGAACGAUAUUUUUCGAAAACGCCAGGGUGCAAGCAAGUGCCGGGCAACGAAUCGACCAGCCUGAUGCUAGUGCGACAGGUCGGGACCACACGAAAAGGAUGAGGAACCAGGAAAUGGCAUCAAAGGGGGCAGCGUCUCCCCCGGCCAAAAGAGGGUCCCAGGGCACUGGCAGGGCAAUGGCGAGAACGAAAGCUCCAAGCGUUGCGGACUUGCUCAAGGGGUUCCAUGGUAGCUAGAUGAUAGUGUUGUGCUAUCACGGCAGCAGGGCCAGAUAACCAUGAAUGCACGAUGACCAUACAACGUACCUAGGUACAAUGUAAUGAAUGGAUAGAAGAUCGUGGAGUGAUGUGAGUGGUCAUGGGACACUGGCAGCGAACCCUGGGACAUGGUAGAUUCUAGAUGGAGCAGAGAAGCUGGAGUGUCUUUAGAUCUGUAAACGGUUGGGGUCCAGCUAUGGGCCAAUAGAUGCGCAACUCUUGUGCAAGGGGCAGCAAACGACGCUCAAUCUACCACUGUAUAAUAAUCGGUCAGCAGACCAAAACUUGAAGAUCCCUACA